AUGUCAUUGCUAAAUAAAAUCUCAGGUUUUGCUCAAAAAGCAAAGGAAAAUGUAGUAUCAAAGUCAGUUAUAUCAAAAGAUAGAAGACUUGAACAAUCACUUUCUGAAACGAUUAAAGUAAACGAGAUUUACUUUGAAAAGAUGUCAACAUAUGGGCUACCUUCUGUCAUUAAUGUCAUCGCCUUUGAUUGUGUUUCUGGACUAUUAGCUAUUGGAAUAUCGACACUAAUAAAAUUACCUACACCUACUGGCAUUAAACAUCUUCAAUUCAAGUCAGGGUUUCCUAUUCUUGUUGUUAUAGAUAAAGUUAAUAGAAUUAUGACAAUUGACUUGCGUACAAAAUCUAUACGACACACUUUACAAGCAAAAGCAAUUAUUACAUGUCAAACAUAUUGUACAGGUACAGACUGGUUAUUUAUUGGCUAUUCAAAUGGAUGUGUCGAUGUAUUUGACAUUAUGCAAGGCAUUAUAUCCCCAUAUCAAAUUCCUGACCUUUUGCUUGAAAUUCAAAAUGAAGAAGAGCAACAGGAUUCAAGCCAUAUCGUUGUUGAUCUUCAAAUGCAUCCCUCUGAUCUUAAUACGCUAUUAAUUGGAUAUGAAUCCCAUAUUUUUUUAUGGAAUAUUCGUGAAAAUAUUAUUCAACGUUCAUUUACCUUGCGUAAACUAGAAAAAUCAAGUCCAUAUAGGAAUGCAAACUUAACUUGUUUUGCUUGGAGCCCAAAUGGAUCUAGAUUUAUUGCAGGUUAUGAUGAUGGAUGUACUCAUUUAUGGGAUAUAAAAAAUGAGAAUAAACCUAUUAUUUCUCGCAAAUUAUCAAAGGCAUUCUUUUCAGAAUUAUCGACAUCAGAGGAUCAGGUAUCCUCAGAACCUAUCUAUCAAAUUGCUUGGUACACUAACGAAACUGUACAAAAGUCUUACAUUCUAAUUGCUGGUGGAAUACCUCCUGCUGUUAUCCAAGGUUUGCAUAUUUUAGAAUUUAACUUGGGUAAUGAAACAAAGGAAGCUAGUAAACAGUCUAUCAUGCCACUUCCUGUUGAUUUGUCACAUUUCUUAAUUCUAAGCUCAAAUCCCUAUUAUUUGGGAAUGCAUAACCCUUUUGGUAUAGCCAUUAUUGGGAUUGAUCACUGUCUAAGAACUUAUAGUCUAGACUAUGGCUUCCCUCUCCUCAAAUUGCCACCUGCUCUUGAAUUUAUUAAUCCUAAAAUACUUAGUGCCUGUCAUAUUCCUCAAUUACCAAUAAAUUCCUUUAAAAAGCUGACUUCUUGGACUCAUAAUGAAAAAAUGACACGUUAUUUACCUAUUACUGGUGGUGUUACCGGUCCUGAGCAUGUAUACCACAUUGAAUCUAACGAUCUGUUAAUUACCAUUCAUCAAGGUGAAAUAGUCAAAUUCUGGGAUGCCUCUUAUACCGCACUUCGUCCUCUUUCUUAUCUAACAAUUGCAUGUCUUGAAGAUAUCGAUGACAGAAAUACAAUUUUGUAUUGUCUAGAUAUAAAUAAAAAGAAUGGAACAUUAUUAAUAGGAUUUAGUGAUGGAUCCAUUCUAGUUUAUGAAUACCAGGAGAAUCUCAAAAGUCAAACCCAAGUAGAUUCCAGAUUACAAUCGAGAAAUGAAGAGUUUAUUAAUAGCUGUGAUGAUACAUUAAAAGAAAUAUCAGAGCUUUUAGAAGAUAUGGAAACUACUGAAGCUGAUGUAGAAGAGCAUCUUCAUGAAGAUAAAAGUAAUACAAACACAUUCGUUCAUUCAAGUUCAUUAAAAGAACAAACGAAUUUGGAUACAACAAACCCCUUUUUAAAUUCACCUCCUACUCAACAGCAUCAAACUGUUUCUUCAGAACACCAAACACUCUCAGCAGAUUCAAUUCAGCCGCACUCUGGCUUACCUAUCUUCAAAAAAAUAAAUAAACAGCAUGACGAAAAAACAGGGUUCUUCGCUACCUUAAAAAUUACUUUAUGUUCACCCAUCAAAAGUGUAAUUCAUCUUGGUGAAUUUAUUAUUGCAGCUGCAACAGAUGAUGGUCAAAUAUAUGUUAUUGAUAUUGAUAAACAGCUUAUAUUAUUUUCACAUAAUAUUACACGUAAGUUAUUUGUAAAAAUUAAAUUCAACGGUUUUAAUUUUAUUAAAUAA